AUGUCUUUGGUACGUCUGUGUUAUAUGGUGAUGCUGAUCAUUCGUGUCUCCGAGGGUGCAACAAUGCCAACUUUUUUAAGACGUAUGCGUGGUAUAGCUUCAUAUGCAGCUGGAUUACACCUUGUUUUGCUAGCUUGCGAGAGGGUGACGGCUAGUCGACGUUCGCGGACAUACGAAAAAGAAUCCAACGUCUUCUUGAUCACCUUCUCCAUCUUCUUUCUGUGGUGUCUUGCAGUAUCUACUAUCUACCCUUAUGAGACUUACUCACUCGGUCCUAUCAUUGUGGCAGCCUCCCAAGUGGUGCUUUACAUAAUAUCAAUAUUCCUAAUGGUUUAUGUAAGAAGAACCAAUUUGAACUAUUGGCAUCUAAAUCGAUGCUCUUUGGAGUUUUCACAUACGUAUCAGCUUAGAGAGAACAUUGAGACAUCAUUGAGCUUAUUCAAGUGUUUUGUUGGACUGAUUGUGGAAUCUACAAUUGGCUGGGCAUCGCUGUUUCUUGCACACAUAUUUCGAUCUUUUGUGGAAGAACCAAUGCUGCAGAGGAUAUUCAACUUCGUGUUUGAUAUAUCACUGACAGUAACACCCAUCUCUAUGAAUCUUCUUUUGUUUUUCUGUAAUCGCAAGCUCAACACGGCUUUCAAAAGGCAGUACAGCAGAGUAUUUCGUAAAAAGCAAGGCGCUACCAGCGGCGUUGUACGCAGUCUCGUUGGUCUAGAAGGGAACAACCUCAGCGUUGAUAUUAAUCUCGGAAUUUUCAGAAGACUCCAUCGAAAAGCUGGCUUGCUUUUUACGGGUACAUUCAUGGAUCUGGACACUUUGGCCAGCGAGUUGAACGGGCUCUUAGUUGCUAGUGAUCGCCUUCGCAGUUUUCAAUCAUGCUACAAUGAUGUAUGUAUCGAAGAGUUGAUGCUAAACGAAGUGAGAGAACACCUAUCAAAUUGUAGAAAAACUGAAGAAGAUCUGGAAAAUGAACGAAAGAGUCAUGCGGAAGAGCUGCGACAAAUCAAUCAGGACAUUAAUCAACUUGAAGAUAUCUUGAAAGCCUUACGAUCUGAGCGAGAAGCUAAAAAAAUGAAGUUGACAAAACAAAUGGAGGAAUUACGGGUUGCUAUGGAACAAGCUAAUGAAAGCAUUCGGGCCGCUGAAAUAGUCGAUAUGUAUUUUGAAGAAAGCGACAGUAUACCCAAGGAACUUUUUGAGGGGUUCUUUAACACUUCGCCAGUGAAACCUUCCAUAGCGUCACUAUCAUUUCUUGGUAACCAUUUCCCAUUCUUACCUGCGCUAACCAUGACCACACCCAAAACGCCUUCGCAGGAUAUGAGCAAGAUGAAGACUUGCGAAGCUUGUGGGGCCCAAAUACAUCGAAAUGCUCCCACAUGUCCUAUGUGUAAAACACGUAGCCGAAGCAAAAACCCAAAACGUUCGAAAAAACGGGAUGACUGA